GAGUUUGUGUUUCCUUUGUUUAGGAUCAAGCCCUCCAUACCAGGGACCAGACUAAAACCAGACUACCACUGCCCCUACCUGGGCCCCACUGACCUCAGAAAGCAGCCACUGUAAUCAUGGGCAAUAUCUUUGGGAACCUUUUGAAGAGCCUAAUUGGAAAGAAGGAGAUGCGCAUCCUGAUGGUGGGCCUGGAUGCCGCAGGAAAGACCACCAUCCUGUACAAGCUGAAACUUGGAGAGAUUGUCACCACCAUUCCUACCAUUGGGUUUAAUGUCGAGACGGUGGAGUAUAAGAACAUCAGCUUCACAGUCUGGGACGUAGGUGGCCAGGACAAGAUUCGGCCCCUCUGGAGACACUACUUCCAGAACACCCAAGGCUUGAUAUUUGUGGUUGACAGCAAUGAUCGGGAACGCGUGAAUGAGGCCCGAGAGGAGCUGAUGAGGAUGCUGGCUGAGGAUGAGCUCCGGGAUGCUGUGCUCCUUGUGUUCGCAAACAAACAGGAUUUGCCGAACGCUAUGAAUGCUGCUGAAAUCACAGACAAGCUGGGGCUGCAUUCUCUGCGUCACCGCAAUUGGUACAUUCAGGCCACCUGUGCGACCAGCGGGGACGGGCUGUAUGAAGGCUUGGACUGGCUGGCCAAUCAGCUCAAAAACAAGAAGUGAGAGCCAGGCAGCCCUGUCUGACCACCCCACCCUCUCCUGACACACACACCUGUUGUCUUCCUACCCCAGUUUCCCCCUUCUUCCUCUCGAAAGUGUGGCCAAGGUCCUGGGUCUCAUGUUCUCAAGCCCAGCAAGAGCCUCCCCUC